AACUAAUUUAAUGAAUUAGAAACUUUAAAAUGAGUCAACCACAGAUCUUGGUAUUGAGAGAGGGAACCGACCAGUCCCAGGGGAAGCCGCAGCUCAUCUCCAACAUCAAUGCAUGCCAACUGGUUGUGGAUGCUGUCCGUACCACGCUGGGACCGCGGGGCAUGGACAAGUUGAUAGUGGAUCAUAACGGCAAGUCUGUGAUUUCCAACGAUGGAGCCACCAUCAUGAAGUUAUUGGACAUCGUGCAUCCAGCUGCCAAGACCUUGGUGGAUAUUGCCAAGUCACAAGAUGCAGAGGUUGGAGACGGCACCACGUCGGUGGUGAUACUGGCCGGUGAACUGCUGAAAAGAUUGAAGCCGUUUAUUGAAGAGGGUGUACAUCCGCGUAUCAUAGUACGUGCGGUACGUACGGCGGCUCGCCUCGCCGUCGACAGAGUAAGGGAACUGGCUGUUAAGAUUGACAACAAGUCGCCUGAAGAACAGAGGGAACUGCUCCGUAAAUGCGCCGCGACGGCCAUGUCCUCGAAACUGAUCCACCAGCAGAAGGACCACUUCUCCAAGAUGGUGGUGGACGCUGUGCUGUCGCUCGACGCGCCGCUGCUGCCCCUCGACAUGAUUGGCAUCAAGAAAGUAUCAGGAGGUGCACUGGAGGACUCCUUCCUGGUGGCCGGAGUGGCGUUCAAGAAGACCUUCUCGUACGCCGGCUUCGAGAUGCAGCCAAAGAGUUAUGACAACUGCAAGAUCGCUCUCCUGAACAUCGAGCUGGAACUGAAGGCGGAGCGGGAUAAUGCUGAGGUGCGCGUGGACAACGUCAAGGAGUACCAGAAGGUGGUGGAUGCUGAAUGGCAGAUCCUGUACGAGAAGCUGGCUGCCAUUCACUCCAGUGGGGCUCAGGUCGUGCUCAGCAAACUGCCUAUUGGAGAUGUGGCUACUCAGUAUUUUGCAGACAGAGACAUGUUCUGCGCGGGCCGAGUUCCCGAAGAAGAUCUGCGCAGAACACAGCGUGCGUGCGGCGGCGCCGUACUCAGCUCAGUGCGGGACAUAGCCACCGCAUCCCUGGGCGCCUGCCAGCACUUCACCGAGAAGCAGGUCGGAGGCGAGCGGUACAACAUCUUCACCGGUUGUCCAGCGGCGAAGACCUGCACACUGGUGCUGCGUGGUGGGGCUGAACAGUUCCUCGAGGAGACGGAGAGGUCCCUCCACGACGCUAUCAUGAUUGUCAGGAGGACCAUCAAGAAUGAUGCCGUGGUCGCAGGUGGCGGGGCAAUCGACAUGGAGAUAUCGAAGCACCUUCGGGAGUAUUCGAAGGGUGUCGCCGGUAAGGAGCAGCUGUUGCUGGCGGCUGUCGCGCGUGCGUUUGAGGCGAUUCCGCGACAGUUGUGCGACAACGCUGGCUUCGAUGCGACCAACUUGUUGAACAAGCUGCGACAGAAGCAUCACCAGGGUGAGGUGUGGUACGGUGUUGAUAUCCAGAAGGAAGAUAUAGCUGAUAACUUCGCUAGCUGCGUGUGGGAGCCGGCAGUUGUUAAGAUCAACGCCACUACUGCAGCCUGCGAGGCAGCCGCUCAGAUCCUCUCAGUGGAUGAGACGAUAAAGAACGUCAAGGGCGGAGAUGCACCUCAAAUGCCAGGCCGUGGGAUGGGUCGUCCACGGAUGGGAUAAUAUCUCAGCAAUGUUUGUUGUAUUUUUUGGGCAACUGGAGUCUUGAUUGUGACGCUAUGUAACUGAUUCUUUAUUGUAAGUCUGUUCAAAUAAAUUCCCUUGAUCUUGCGGAUGUUCUUGGGCGGUGGUAAUCACUUACCAUCAGGUGAGCUGUGAACACGUUUGUACCCUAUGCUAUAUAUAAUGGAGUAAUAAAAAUAUU